CAGAAGUCCAAAACAAACUUUCUAAUUUGAUUAAAGAAGUGGGGAGCAAGAAGGAUGCCAAGGGGCUGAUUGAACAAGAGAUCAAGCAACUCGAAGCGUCCUACUUCCAUCAAUCGCGGUACUCAGAAGAGUAGGUGGAACGUGCCUUUAGAGGACUGAUGCUAUCUCUUGUAGGAUGGAAGGAGUUAAGGAAUCUCUAGCAAAACAAACGCUUCAUCUGAAAAAGGCUUUGGAAGAUAUUAAAGACUCAAACGAGUCAAUGAGAAAAGAGCGGACUGCCUUUAUCAGCCAGUGCCGCUCGAAACUCAAGGAUUACGAUGAAUGCAUUUGGCAAAAUGAAAAACUGCGGCUGUUUGUCGACACAUGGAUCAAAAAGUCUCCGAACUUCGAGCUGACCGCCCCUGAAAAGGACGAAGUGCCUCAAACACAGACGUUCCAGUUACCUGAGAGAGAUGGUGAUUCACAUGCACCUCCGGAGAAGCUUAACCAACAGCAUCGGGAAAUACCAUAUGGUCCAAACCUUGAGGACACAAGUCGUCUGAGACUGUCAGCCCUGGAUACUUCAGCUCUUUUGACUGAG